AUGUUUUCAUCAUCAUCUCGACCUUCAAAAGAGCCAUUACUAUUUGACAUCAGACUUAGAAAUUUGGACAAUGAUGUUUUACUGAUAAAAGGCCCCCCUGAUGAGGCAUCUUCUGUCCUACUAUCUGGAACUAUAGUAUUGUCAAUUACUGAGCCAAUUCAAAUCAAGUCUUUGGCUUUGAGACUUUUUGGUAGGUUGAGACUAAAUAUUCCAACGGUUUUACAAACUGUUCAUGGGCCGCAUAAGCGAUACUCAAAGUUUGAGAGAAACAUAUAUUCUCAUUUUUGGGAUGAUUUUAAUAUAAAAAGUUAUUUCCAAAACUUGUACGAUAAUCAUAAUAAUGGUAAAAUAACAAUUUCUAGUAAAUCCUCAACAAAUUUAGCAGCAUUGCCAAAGAGAAAAAGAGCCCUUUCUACUGCAUCAUUGAUAUCAAGUAAUGGGCAGACAAGCGCAAGCAAAAACUAUCACACCUUAGUAAAAGGUAACUACGAAUUCCCUUUCAGCGCGAUUAUUCCUGGGUCAUUAGUGGAAAGUGUAGAAGGCCUACCAAAUGCUGCCGUCACUUAUGCUCUGGAAGCUACUAUCGAGAGACCUAAGCAGCCCGACUUGAUCUGUAAAAAACAUCUAAGAGUUAUUCGAACGUUAGCUAUAGAUGCAGUCGAGUUAUCUGAAACAGUAUCAGUGGAUAACUCAUGGCCUGAAAAAGUCGAUUAUACGAUCUCCAUUCCAACUAAGGCAAUUGCCAUUGGCUCUUCCACCAUGAUCAAUAUUUUAAUUGUUCCUAUAUUAAAAGGAUUGAAGUUAGGCCCUGUUAGGAUCAGUUUGGUGGAAAAUUCCCAGUAUUGUGGUAGCUAUGGAGGGGUUAUCAACCAAGAAAGAAUGGUGGCUAAAUUAAAACUAAAAGAUCCCCUGAAGCACGUUGCCCAAAUAAAGAAGAAGAGGAGCCUAAAUGAAGCUGCCGACGAAGGGGUUGAUACGGACACAGGGGAAUUUCAAGAUAAAUGGGAAGUUCGAGCUUUAUUAAACAUACCUGCAAGCCUGACUAAAUGCUCCCAAGACUGUCGCAUUUUAUCUAAUAUCAAAGUCCGUCAUAAGAUCAAGUUCACUAUAAGUUUACUCAAUCCGGACGGUCAUAUUUCAGAAUUGCGUGCGGCACUGCCUGUCCAAUUAUUCAUUUCACCGUUUGUUCCAGUCAAUGUAAAGACCUCCGAUGUUAUUGAAAGAACGCUCAAAACGUUUGGACCCUCAUAUCAAGUAACAAGUCAGCACGAUAAUUCAUUCAGCAGCAAAAACUUUGUAGACGAUAGUGAAGAAGAUGUGAUUUUUCAAAGAUCUGCUUCUGCGUUACAAUUGUCUUCAAUGCCAACCAUAGUAUCUGGCUCUACUUUAAAUAUCAAUAGUACUGAUGCAGAGGCUACCGCAGUCGCUGACACAACUAUGGUAACUAGUUUGAUGGUACCUCCCAACUACGGCAAUCACGUUUACGAUCGAGUGUAUGGCGAGGUAACUAAUGAAGACGAAACUUCAGCAUCAGCUUCUUCAAGUGCCGUCGAAUCACAGGCAAUUCACAAUAUUCAAAACCUAUAUAUAUCGGAUAGUAACAAUAGCAAUAAUCCUAUUUUGGCACCAAAUCCUCAAAUCAAGAUUGAAGAUGAUAGCCUAAAUAAUUGUGACUCUCGAGGGGACAGCGUUAACAAUAGUAACCUGAAUCUGGUUAAUAGUAAUCUAACAAUUAGUGAAAAUUGGAACAAUAACUCUCCUUCUGCAAAUAGAUAUAAUAACAUCAUUAAUGCUGGAUUGAAUAGUCCUUCACUGACACCAAGCUUUGCACAUUUAUCUAGGCGUAACUCAUAUAGUCGCCAAACAUCUUCUACAUCGCUGAAGAACGAUUUGGAACUGACAGAUUUAAGCAGAGUUCCCUCGUAUGAUAAAGCAAUGAAAUCUGAUAUGAUUGGUGAGGAUCUUCCACCGGCUUAUCCCGAGGAAGAACUUGGAGUUCAAGAAAAUAAAAAAAUUGAACUAGAAAGGCCACAAAUUCUUCAUCACAAGUCUACAUCCUCUUUGUUGCCACUUCCAGGCUCGAGCAAGAGUUCCAAUAAUCUGAAAAGAUCGUCUAGUAGGACACAUUUAUCCCACUCUCCAUUACCAAGGAAUAAUAGCGGAUCCUCAGUAUCAUUGCAGCAGUUGGCGAGAAACAACACAGAUAGUUCAUUUAAUCUAAAUCUCUCUUUCACUUCAGCAAAAAGCAGCACAGGAAGCAGACAUUUUCCGUUUAAUAUGACAACAUCUUUCACUAGUAAUUCAAGUUCCAAGAACAAUUCACAUUUUGAUAAAACUGAUUCUACAUCUGACGCUAAUAAGCCAAGAGAAGAGGAAAACUAUACGAGCGCAACCCACAAUCGAAGGUCACGCUCAUCGUCAGUUCGGAGCAACAAUAGCAACUCACCAUUAAGACAAGGAACAGGUUCAUUUGCUAAUUUAAUGGAGAUGUUCACAAAACGGGAUCGCUCAUAG